GACGCUUGUCAUUGUCAUUUUACCGGAAACUUCGUUCGCCACCCAUUUUUGAAGACGCGUUAGCUGUGAGCGUAUGUUUAAAAUUAAGUGAAUUCAUCAUAAGUUUUAGUUUGUUAAAAUGGCGCCAAGAUCUGCUAAAGGCAAGAAAGCUGCAGAUGUUAAGGUUGCAGAUACUGCUCCAGCAAAGAAAGGUCGCAAAGGGAAACAAGUAGCUGAGCCAGAACCAACUGAGGCUGAGGAUGUAAAGGCAACGGUUGUAGAAAAAAAGACAAAACGUGGGAAGAAAGCAACUGAAGAAAUAAACGGUGACAAUGAAGAGGCAUAUCCUCCAUCUAAAAAGAGCAAAAAGAAGAUUUCAGAAGAAAAGGCAGAUGAGCAGUCAAAUGGUGACAAUUCAUCUCCUGAAGAGGAACAAAAUCCAGAUGAACAAAGUGAACCUGGAGAUGAUGAUGAAACAAACGGACAUACAGAAGAGGCAAAACCUGCAGGUGGGAGGGGACGUAAGAAACAAACCAAAAAGGAAACUGUACCAGAAAGUAAACCUAAGGAAACAGGAAGGGGGAGGAAAAAUGCAAAACAAGAGGUUCAAGAGGAUGCAGCGGAAAAACCAGAAGUUGCAGAAGAAAAGCCAAAGCCCAGUGGAAGAGGUAGGGGCAAAAAGGCUCAGGCAAAGCCAAGCAAUGAUUUAGAAGAUGAAGAUAAAGCUGAAACUGUGGAAGAGGCGGUCAAACCAGAGCCGCCUGCAAAAGGUAAAAAGAAGCAGACAAAGGGAAGCAAAGAGAAAAUAGAGACUGAUACUGCACUAUCAGAUCAGGAAAUGGAAGAAGAGGACAUUGUAGAAGAAGAACCGAAAAAGAAAGAAACCAAAGGUCGGAAAAACCAGGGUAAAAAAGCACAGCCUAAGGAACAAGAGGACAAGGUUGAGGAUGUAGCAGAAGAAACACAGACAACUAAGAAACGUCGAGGAGCUAAAAAAGACGACAAGAGUAAAGAUUCCAAAGAAGAGGAAGAAGUAGAAGAAAAAGCUCCAGAAGCUAAACCAGCUAAAGGUAAAAGAGGUGCAAAAAAUGCGGCCACGAAGGCGGCUGAAGCAGAACAAGAUAUACAAGACACUGGUGAAUCCAACAAUAAACGGCGGCGUAAGGCCGCUGACGAUAAGGCCGGAGCAGAAGAAGGCAAAAAGAAAGCGCCAGCUAAAAACAAAACAGCCACAAAUUACGAAGACAUAGACUUUUCCAGUGCUUCCAAAACAAGUCAAGGUAAAGAUUGGAAUUUCAAAAUUUCCAGUUGGAAUGUUGACGGCAUUCGAGCGUGGAUGGACAAAGGUGGUUUAGAAUAUAUACAGCACGAGAAGCCAGAUAUACUGUGUCUUCAAGAGAUAAAAUGUUCGAAAGAGAAGUUGCCGGAGUCUAUCAAAAACGUACCCGGGUAUCAUGCGUACUGGUUAUGCAGCGAACAAGACGGCUACGCAGGCGUAGGUAUUUAUACAACAAAACUGGCAAUGAACGUACAAUAUGGGCUACAAGAUGAGGAUUUAGACAGCGAAGGUCGCAUCAUAACCGCAGAAUACGAGCAGUUCUAUUUAAUAUGUACGUACGUUCCCAACGCCGGUCGAAAGCUGGUAACUUUACCGAAAAGGCUUAAAUGGAACGAUGAAUUCAGGAAACACGUUAAGUCACUAGAUAAGAAAAAACCUGUAAUUAUAUGCGGUGAUAUGAACGUUUCGCACAAUGAAAUAGAUCUUGCGAACCCUAAAACAAACAGAAAGAACGCUGGCUUCACGGACGAGGAGCGCGCGGGCAUGAGUGACUUGCUGGGUGACGGGUUCGUAGACACGUUUCGGCUGUUAUACCCGGACAAGACGAGCGCGUACACAUUCUGGACUUACAUGUUCAACUGUCGAGCUAAAAAUGUUGGAUGGCGUUUGGACUAUUUCAUCAUGUCGGAGAGAUUAGUGACAUCAGUUUGUGACAGCAUUAUUAGAGACUCAGUGUAUGGAAGUGACCACUGCCCUGUUACCUUACUCCUACAUCUGACCAGCGCAGACAAGCCUAAAGAAUAAAUUGGACUUUUUAAAACCACUGGACUGAGCAAUUUCGAAAUUGAUAUUUUUUAUGUUUCUUGCGCCUAUAAGAAAUAAAAGACUUUGGUACAAA